CGUCGUCCAGUCCCCGCGCCAGAGCCGCCGCCGCCGCUGCCGCCGCCGCUCGGGCCUGCUGCAGGUGAGUUUCCAGUUUCACAAGAAAGCCUGGUUAAGUAGAUACUGCCAUUCACCCAGAGUAAUAUCAGUGUUUGGGCACCUAUCCUGCACCCAGAAAGCUCCCAAUGACUGUGAUGAAUGAGUUUUUCUCUCCUGAGGCCUUUCUUCCCACCUGAAGCGCGACGCAGAGAACCUGAUGCCACCUCUCCGGAUUGUCCCAAGCUGUUUACUUUCCCAGCUGCAUUGUGGAUUGAAACCUCCAGCCUCUAUACAAACCAAGAUUUGCCUAACAAUGGCUCGUCCAAGUUCAAGUAUGGCUGACUUCCGGAAGUGUUUUGCAAAAGCCAAGCACAUAGUCAUCAUUUCAGGGGCUGGCGUCAGUGCUGAGAGUGGGAUACCGACUUUCAGAGGAGCGGGAGGUUAUUGGAGAAGAUGGAAAGCUCAGGACCUGGCCACCCCUCAGGCCUUUGCCCGAAACCCAUCCCAGGUGUGGGAGUUCUACCACUACCGGCGGGAGGUGGUGCAGAGCAAGGAGCCCAACGCCGCUCAUCUGGCCAUCGCUGAGUGUGAGGCCCGGCUGGGCAGGCAGGGCCGACGGGUCACGGUCAUCACGCAGAACAUCGACGAGCUGCACCGCAAGGCUGGCACCAAGAACCUUCUGGAAAUCCAUGGUAGCUUAUUUAAAACUCGAUGUACCUCUUGUGGAGUUGUGGCUGAGAAUUACAAGAGUCCAAUUUGUCCAGCUUUAUCAGGAAAAGGGGCUCCAGAACCUGAAACUCAAGAUGCCAGAAUCCCAGUGGAGAAACUUCCCCGGUGUGAAGAGGCAGCAUGCGGGGGCCUGCUGCGACCUCACGUGGUGUGGUUUGGAGAAAACCUGGACCCUGCCAUCCUGGAGGAGGCUGGCAGGGAGCUGGCUCUCUGUGACUUGUGUCUCGUGGUGGGAACUUCCUCGGUGGUCUACCCCGCCGCCAUGUUUGCCCCCGAGGUGUCUGCCCGGGGGGUACCGGUGGCCGAAUUUAACAUAGAAGCCACCGUUGCAGCGAACAGAUUCAGGUACCGGGAUCACCAGGGUUUCAUUUCCAGGGGCCAUGUGGGACGACGCUUCCUGAAGCCCUUGCGCCUCAUGAAACUGAAACUGUUUCUUAAUUGCCCUGAGGAAGGAAGAAAUCACAGUGCAUCUAUAAGUACCAGGCCACCAACAGGAGAAACAGUCUUGUGGAUGGUGAGCUGAAUACUGAAAGGUCUGAAUGUAUCUUCUGGAAUCCAAACUGCUGAUAAGUGAUGGGACUUAGAGGAAAUUGUAGUAAACGUGUUUAGAAGGAGAAGUCACAGAACUUCUCAAGUCAAUUCACGUUAUCUGGUUUGAACUAAACAUAAGAUACCUCUGAUGUGUUUGGUUGGUUACCGGGAGGGAAACAACUUUGUAAUUAGAUUGUCUAAAAAAAGUAAUUUUUUUUUUUUUGCUAUUUGGGUAGAGGGGUAAAACCCUGGUAUUUCUGAUUUUUGUGCAAGGUUUGGUGGAAAAUAAAAUCCCUUUCUACAGCUGGUAAUUGACUGUAUAAAGGUGUUACCCCAAGA